AGGGGCGAACUGAUCCGCGAGGCUUCUGUUAUCAUCUGGGACGAGGCACCUAUGGCCAAGAGUGCAGUCUUAGCCUGCGUGGAGGAAACCUGUCGACGUGUUAUGCGCAACGAUCUCCCAUGGGGCGGAAAGGUUGUGGUGCUGCUUGGGGACUUCAGGCAGACGUGUCCGGUCGUGAGGAACGGCUCCCGCAGCGACAUCGUC